CGGGACUCGAGACGCGGAGGCCGCGUUGACCUCCUGUCCUGUGGAGCUCCAAGCUGGGGACCCUGGGGGCCAUGCAGAGGGCCAGGGCAGGGGGCCGGAGAGCCUCUGACUGCGGCCCCGCCCCUCACCGGCCCAGGUGCAUCACCAAGUUCGCCCAGCAGUAUGUGGGCUCCUUCCCCGUGGACGAUCUGGACACCCAGGAGAGCGUGUGGCUGGUUCAACAGCAGCUGUGGGCACUGAAGGACUGUCCCCGACGCCGGGCCGUCAUCCUGAAAUUCAGCCUUCAGGGCCUCAAGAUCUACAGCGGGGAGGGUGAGGUGCUCCUGAUGGCUCAUGCUCUGAGGCGCAUCCUCUACUCUACCUGGUGCCCAGCCGAAUGCCAGUUUGCCUUCAUGGCCCGAAACCCCCAGAGCCCAGCCAGCAAACUCUUCUGCCACCUCUUUGUGGGCAACCAGCCUGGAGAGGUCCAGAUCUUGCACCUGCUGCUCUGCCGCUCCUUCCAGCUCGCUUACCUCUUGCAGCACCCUGAGGAGCGGGCACAGCCUGAGCCCUGCCUGGCGUCGACUGGGGACAUGUCCCUGAAGCCACCGUCCAGCCCUGGGGGCCCCCCUGGCCUAGUACGGGAACCCUUCAGCCGUGAUCAGCUUUCACAGAGUGUUCAUGCCCUGGUCUCCCUCCGGCGGCUGCCCGCAGAGGCACCUGUGGGCAGUGGGAAGGAGCUGCCAGAGUCAGAAGGCCGUGGGGGCACCCGCCAUGCCCGCCUGGGGAAUCCCUACUGCUCGCCCACGCUGGUGCGCAAGAAGGCCAUUCGCAGCAAGGUGAUCCGCUCCGGGGCUUACCGCGGCUGCACCUACGAGACUCAGCUGCAGCUGUCCGCCUGGGAGGCCUUUCCUGCUGCGUGGGAAGCAUGGCCCCGGGGGCCCGGUGGUCCCUCGUGUCUGGUGGAGAGCGAGGGCAGUCUGACGGAGAACAUCUGGGCCUUUGCUGGCAUCUCCAGGCCCAGUGCCCUGGCCCUGCUGCGGAGAGACGUGCUUGGGGCUUUCCUGCUGUGGCCCGAGCCGGGCGCCAGUGGCCAGUGGUGCCUGUCGGUGCGGACGCAGUGCGGUGUGGUGCCCCACCAGGUCUUCCGGAACCACGUGGGCCGCUACUGCGUGGAGCACCUGUCCACCGAGUUCGCCAGCCUGGAGGCCCUGGUGGAGCACCACGCUGGGCCGGGGCGAAGCUUCUUCUGCUCCCUCCACCUGGGCCGCCUGAACCCUGGCUACGAGGAGCAGGACCGGGGGUCCCAGGGCAGGCCCCCCCGCACACUGCGGCCCCUUGGCCAUGCCAAGUCCGAGGCAGAGCUGCAGGGCCUGGGCUAGGAGGCCUGUGCCCCUCCCCACUGGCCCCCCCUCACCCUGGCUCCUGGGUCUCAGCGGGCCACCCUGCCCUCUGCCGCCUCGCUGGUCACCAGUUCCAUCCAGUCACUCUGCCCCUUGGACCAGUCUUCCAUCACGUCACUGCCUGUGGUGGGGGUGGGGAGCCCUGGCACUGGGGAUUGCCCGUGGCUUCUCGCAGGGCAGGACGUGGCUGCCGAGACUGCAAGAGGGGCGGGUAGAGCUCCAGGCUUCCCUUCACUUGCUAGGUGACUUUGGAUGCUUAUCUCUAGGUUUCACUUUACUCCUAGGAGGGGAGCUCCCUGAGAUGGACAGGAAGGUUUGUUCACACGGGACAUGCCCCUCUCCUGAGGAGGCCGGGCCUUGGGGCCCCGACUGGGAGUCUCCCGAGCGCGCCUGAUUGAGGUUGGCAGCCGUGUGAGGGAGAGGUGUCUGGGGAGGCAGGAGUGAGUCCUCACUGUGGGCAAAGACCCGGGGGCAAGCCACGCUGCCCAUGAGAGAAACGGGACUUGGAGGAGCUAGUGGGCAUGGCGGCUGGGCUGAGCUACACCCAGGCUGCCAGAGGGAGCACGCCCCGUUUCUCACAUCAUACGAGGUUGAGGGAAUCUUUCCUUGAGUUCUGAGGACUGAGGGUUAAGAGGGCGUAGAAAGGCAAGACGGAUGAAGAGCCUUGCCCCCCAGGCCCAUGCGUAGCCAUCCCCACAAGGGACGUGAACCAGCACACAGGGCAAAGAAUCUCUGUGUUGCUUAGAAAGGCUGGUUGGUCUCCACUCAGAACCACAGGGUUGUGAUUCCUGACUUCUGGGGGGGGGGUUCCCCCAUCUCACCCCUCCCUAACAACCUGAGAACGACAAAGACCCCCCCAUACACAUACACAUGCUGGCUCAUUUCCUUUGUCCAUUUGACUGUCAGGGGCCAGCAGUGAGCCCCAGGUGUACGGGGGUGACCGGGGCUCUAUUCAACAACUCCUGCAGGCCUGUCUGGGCCUGGGCAGUGCCUGGGAAGCCACCUGAUUUGGGUCCACUUCCCAUAACAUGGCGUUGGCUGGCUCGGGUUGUCAGGGGCUACCUCACCAGCCUAAGCCCGCUGGGGCUGGGUCACAGUAGAGCCAUCCAAAGGUAGAGCUGAUGUGGACCCUG